AUGGGCCCAGGUUGCCCAGAGAUGGUGGAUGCCAUGUCCCUGGAAAUGUUCCAGCCCCGCCCGCCGGCGUGCGGCGGCCAAGAUGGCGGGGUGGGCCGGGCCGGGGCGGCGGGAGGAGGAGGAGGAGGAAGAAGAGGGGGAAGGGGAGGGGGAGGCCCCGUGGAGCCCCGGGCCCCCGCCGCCGGCCGGGCCCUCAACCCGCUUCUUCCUUCCCGCCCUCCCCCGGCGCGUUUCAUCCAGGAAGGCGUGAAAACAGAGAACGACCACAUCAACCUGAAGGUGGCGGGGCAGGACGGCUCGGUGGUGCAGUUCAAGAUCAAGCGGCACACCCCGCUCAGCAAGCUGAUGAAGGCCUACUGCGAGCGGCAGGGCUUGUCGAUGAGGCAGAUUAGGUUCAGAUUUGACGGACAGCCAAUUAACGAAGCAGACACACCUGCACAGCUGGAGAUGGAAGAUGAAGACACUAUUGAUGUGUUCCAACAGCAGACGGGUGGAGUGUGCUAAGACGUGCCGUCCUGAGAAGAGGAGCUUAAGGAUCCUCACCACACCUCACUCUCUCAUCUGUCUUUGGAUUUGCUAUUAAAUAGUAAACAAAUGAACAUGCCAAUCACAUGGGAUUCUUCUAAACUUUAGAGGACAUUUACCAAAAUCGCUUGUUGUCUUUGACGUACUGCGUGUGCAAGUCAAAACAGUAUCUGCAGGGAUUAAUCUAUAUCUUAAAUUGGGCCGAUUUGAUUUAAGUUCAGAUUAAGUAAUAUGUGUUGUCUGUCUGCUGUUAUCUUCUUCCCCCCAACCCCUUUUUUUUUUUUCUUUAUUUUUUUCUUUUAAACCUGUGGCCUAAACAUUCAUCCGUGUGUUAAGACAUGGAGCGUUCAUUCCUGGCUCUUGUCAGUCUUGCCCCUCUGUUUAAUUCUGAUCGUGUAAAUAAUUCAGUAUAUUUUCAUGCCGAUAGUGAGCAUAAAAGUUUUCCUUUUAAGAUCUGCCUACGGGAAGGAACAGAGGCGCCGAUGUGAAGUUUUUAGCGUGUUUUGCAAACACAGUUACUUGGGGAAGCGUCGAGCCUGUGGCACAAGGCUGGUACAUGCAGAUACAGCGCUUUAGUAGAGUGUUGGAGUUUAAAAUAUUGCAGAUUUACGUGUGCUUUGUCAUACUAUGAUGAAGUCGUCAGAAAUAUACUUUUUUAAUGCAGAA